AUGCUAUGUUUUCUCAUCAACAUUGUCAGCUCUGUGUUUUGUGGUCACCUGGGGAAAGUGGAACUGGAUGCUGUCACACUUGCUAAUGCAGUCAUUUCAGUCACUGGUCUUUCAGUGGGGCUUGGCUUAUCUUCAGCAUGUGACACACUCAUAUCACAAAUAUUCGGAGGGACCAAUCUAAAGUUAAUAGGCGUUGUCAUGCAACGUGGGAUCCUUGUACUGCUGCUGGCUUGCUUUCCUUGUUGGGCACUGUUCAUAAAUACUGAGAACAUUCUAUUGCUCUUCAGACAAGACCUAGCUGUGGCUCGUAUGGCAGAAGAGUAUGUACUGGUUUUUAUUCCUGCACUUCCAGUAAGUUUUUUAUCACCAAAAUGGUAUUAUUCCUCCUUGUUACAGGGAAUUGUAAAGACACAGAUCAUCGUCAGUAUUAUAUCAAACAUCAUAAAUGCCUUGGUGAAUUAUGUCUUUCUUUUUGUUCUGGAACUUGGAGUUAUGGGAUCAGCUUGGGCAAACACUAUUGCUCAGUUUUCCCAGGCUCUUUUGUUGUUCCUUUAUAUUCGACUUAAGAAACUUCAUGUACACACAUGGGGAGGUUGGUCGUUGGAGUGUUUGCAAGACUGGAACACCUUUGUAGCAUUGGCAGUGCCGAGCAUGCUUAUGGUGUGCAUAGAGUGGUGGACCUAUGAAAUUGGCAGCUUCCUUGUAGGCCUUAUAAGCGUGGUGGAGCUUGGUGCCCAGUCUGUCAUAUAUCAGGUGACCAUUGCAUAUAUGAUUCCAUAUGGUAUAGGUAUGGCUACUAGUGCUCGAGUUGGCACUGCACUUGGUGCUGGAGAUAUUGAACAAGCAAAGAAGUCUAUGACAAUUGCUUUCGUUAUAACAGGUACAUUUUACAAAUAUGACAGAUCUUUUUACCUGUAUAAGGUAAAUCUAGAAGUAACUGUAAAAAUCAACUGUAAUAAAGAUGAAUAA